UGUUGCUCAAUGGGGCGAGCACAGCACCCACAGAUGUGCCAAGUGCCAGCAGAGCCGUGGGUCUCAGCACCCCGGGGCACCCCAAGAGGUGCUGCACAGGGGCCACGCCAGCAGAGAGGACACUGAUGGCUGGGAACACCACCAUGGCCAACCUGACAGCCACGAACACCGGGAGGAACUCGUGCACCUACCACGAGGAGUUCAAGCAGGUCCUGCUGCCCCUGGUGUACUCGGUGGUGUUCGUGGUGGGGCUGCCCCUCAACGCCGUGGUCAUCGGGCAGAUCUGGCUGGCGCGGAAGGCGCUGAGCCGCAACACGAUCUACAUGCUCAACCUGGCCGUGGCUGACCUGCUCUAUGUCUGCUCCCUGCCCCUCCUCAUCUACAACUACACACAGAAGGACUAUUGGCCUUUUGGGGACUUCACCUGCAAAUUUGUGCGCUUCCAGUUCUACACCAACCUGCACGGCAGCAUCUUCUUCCUCACCUGCAUCAGCGUCCAGCGCUACCUGGGCAUCUGCCACCCCUUGGCCUCGUGGCACAAGAAGAAGGGCAAGAAGCUGACGUGGCUGGUGUGUGCAGCCGUGUGGUUCAUCGUCAUCGCCCAGUGCCUGCCCACCUUCGUCUUCGCCUCCACUGGCACACAGAGGAACCGCACCGUCUGCUACGACCUGAGCACGCCCGACCGCUCCGCCGCCUACUUCCCCUACGGCAUCACCCUCACCUUCACCGGCUUCCUGCUGCCCUUCGUGGCCAUCCUGGCCUGCUACUGCAGCAUGGCCCGCAUCCUGUGCCAGAAGGAUGAGCUGAUCGGCCUGGCUGUGCACAAGAGGAAGGACAAAGCCGUGCGUAUGGUCAUCAUCGUGGUCAUCGUCUUCUCCAUCAGCUUCCUCCCCUUCCACCUCACCAAGACCAUCUACCUGAUCGUCCGCUCCUCGCCCGUCCUGCCCUGCCCGGCCCUGCAGGCCUUUGCCAUCGCCUACAAGUGCACGCGGCCCUUCGCCAGCAUGAACAGCGUCCUCGACCCCAUCCUCUUCUACUUCACCCAGCGCAAGUUCCGCGAGAGCACCCGCUACCUCCUCGACAAGAUGAGCUCCAAGUGGCGGCACGACCACUGCAUCACCUACGGCUCCUAGGCGGGGACCAGGCCACCUCGGUGCUACCGAGGCACGGAGCAAUUUCAGCUCUAAGCUCCACAGAGCAGAGAUGGCUUCACUGGGGGACAUGCUGGAGGAGAGGAGGAUGGCAUCUCCCAAGCUUUCAGCACUUUCAGCCCAUCUCCAGCCUGGUGAUGGAUCCAUGGUGAUCCAUCUCCAUCCAGUGGUGCAGUAUUAACCCUAUCACAGAUCUAGUGUCCUCUCCCUUGCUCACUUGGAGCAGCUCGGCACCUUGGUGAUCAAGCCACCGAUGCAAUCAAAAUCCAGGGAGCGUGGAGAAAAAGAUGGAGCUCCAUGGAGGACACAUCCCUGGAUCAGGAUGAGCUGCUGGGGGAUGAUUUGUCCCCAUACUCAAUUAAAAAUUCCAUGAUGGGGACAGCAUGAAGGCUGGGGAGGGUUUGGUUCAGCCCAUACCAUGGGGCCAUGUGUUUCUCCAACUCAAGAUCAGUGUCACAGGUGGUUUUUGUGUAACAUCCUUUUUGGGACACCCCUAUCCCCCAUUGCUCAGAAUGAGGCCACUCCAGCAAGAGACACAGGCUCACUGGUAUUGCUGGUGUUGCAAAAUGGUGGAGCAGCACCCCUGGAUGGACUGGGAACCAGGAAAGGGGGCAUCAGGGCAACUGGAACACCCACGCUGGAUUACCCACUGAAGCCACAACCAUGGGCUGGGUUAGGCACAAGCCACCAGCAUUGUCACCUGCCUGGCGACCUUCACCUGAAUCCAGCUCCCUGCUUAGCCCAGCACCCCAAAUCCGGCCCAUGCUGGUGUCAGUGGUGCCCUGCUGUCACCUCCUAACCACCACAAUCAGAUCCACCACACGUGGACACAACGCCCAGAGUUGGAAGAUGCAUUCCACAGAGAGCUACUCAAUGUCCUGGCCAUGUCACCAUACAUGCCUGGGCUCUCCGCAGGGUUGGGGCUUGAGCUUUGCUCCCCCAGCCUCUGUUGGGAUGCUGCCCCCUCCCAGCGAGGAGGGAUUUGCGAGGUGGAUGCACUACUCGUCGCUCUGCCAGUCUUCUCUAACAUAUAGGAUGUAUAGAAUUAACUCUCUGCUCUCUCUCACAUGGGUGUAUACACCCACUGUAUGUACAGACAUAGAAUAUAUCCGAGCAGAGGGAGGUUUGUGGCCCAGCCCAGGCUCUGCAGUGCAGAAAUUCUCUGCCUGAACAUGGUGUAUGUAUCUACACAGUGUAUAUAUAUAAAUAUAUAUGUGGAUAACUGCA